AUGAUAAUUAUAGCCAUUCCAAUCUGCAUUUUGGGAUUAGUUGGGAAUGUAUUAGUUUUCUACUUUCUUUCCUUUAAGGUCAAGAGGACAAGGUUCACUCUGUAUAUACUGAAUAUUACUAUUGGUGAUACUAUUGUUCUGGUUUAUCAAUAUAUAUAUUUCAUGCUAUUUUUGCAACCAAUUCAACUUACUGGACCCAUCUCACAUUUUAUAGAGAUAAUGUAUAUCCUUGGAGAAAAUUCGGGCUUCUAUGUAUUAACAGCUGUUUGUCUUGAAAGGUGUUUCUCAGUCUUUCCCCCUAUCCUCUGUCAAUUUCACCGUCCAAAGCAUCUUGCAAUUUAUAUUUGUUUUGCAUUGUGGACCUUCUCUGGCCUGGUAUCCAUCAUUGAAUAUUACGCAUGCAGACCAAGAUUCUAUGCAUAUCUGGAUGAAGAUAGUCACCACUGCUAUAUUCAAACUAUAUUCAAAAUUGUCACCGGGUACUUCAUUUUAAUUCCCCUCAUGGUCUUUUCCACUCUGGCCAUUUUUAUCAGAAUGCUACAAAAAAGAAACGAAAGGACUCCUGCAGUGUUUGAUUUUACCAUCAUAGGUGUAGUUAUUUUUUUUCUUAUAUUUCAAGCUUCGAUUAGACUUCUCUUUACUCUAGAGUACUGGUAUGAUUCAAUAGGUUUACCUCUCUUUUCAUUAUCUGUCUUAUUUGAUACCAUCUCAAGCAGCAUCAACCCUUUUUUAUAUUUUUUCAUGGGAUAUUUCACUUACAGAAAACGUUAUCCACUUGAAGUUUUUCUUCAGGCUGCUAUGCGGGAUGAAAGCAGCACAUUAAUUAGCACGGAAAAUAACAGAGUAAAUAACACGGUAGAUAGCACGGUAAAUAACAUGGUAGUUAACACGGUAGAUAGCACGGUAAAUAACAUGGUAGUUAACACGGUAGAUAGCACGGUAAAUAACAGGGUAGAUAACAUGGUAGAUAGCUCGGUAAAUAACAUGGUAAUUAGCACAGAAAAUAACACGGUAUUUAGCACGGAAAAUAACAUGGUAAUUAGCACAGAAAAUAACACGGUAUUUAGCACAGAAAAUAACAUGGUAAUUAGCACAGAAAAUAACAUGGUAUUUAGCACGGAAAAUAACACAGUAAUUAGCACAUAA